AUGCUCAUUAGACCUUCUUUACCGUCUCGCAAUCUCUUAGAUAAAUUGCUUAGAAUUGAUCAGGCAAUAGGUUUGGCUGCAAAAUAUGUGUAUAAAGGGCAGCUUGCUGUCUUGAAUAACGGCUUGAUUGUUGACAAUCUUCUUAAUAACCUCACUGAAGAAAAGUCCAACAUUGCUAAGUUUGAGCAACUUAUGCCUCUUAAUCGCACCCGUCCUUCCGCUCUUAUGCCUGUUUGGAAAGCAGCAGGUUUUGCCUUUGGAAUUACUACAGGCCUUUUGGGUGAAGAAGCUACAAAAUCCUUCAAUUCAGCAGUGGAAACAGUCGUUGCAGAGCAGUACAACCAUCAAAUUCGGGAACUUUUUGCCGAUGAUCCGACAGCGCAUGGUGAACUGCUUAAUCUCUUAAAACAGUGUCGGGAUAAAGGAUUGGAGCGCCUUGAUUUAAGUCAUGAGAGCGAUUCCAACUCGAGUCUAUUCUAUUAUCGGUUAAGUCAAUUAGCAAAAAUCUGUGCAAUGGCAGGGAUCAAAGUGGCCAAAGUCGUUUAG